AUGCAUAUUCCGAAGUCCUUCCUCCAAGCUCGCCCUCCUCCCACCGCCACCAUCAAGCAGCUCGACUUCACUAAAACCACGCCUCCCAUCCCCGCUUACAAGAACCAUUUCGCCGCUCUAAUCGACAACGUUCUCACCCCAGCCGAAUGCAACCAGCUCCUGCACCUCGCCGAACAAUCUAUAACACCCCGAAACCCCACUCAUACAAACCCAGGGGAAGUGCCUUGGGACCGCGCCCUGUUGAACGUCGGCAACGGGAAAGAAAUUAAAGCACCCGGCUUCCGCAACUGUGGACGUAUCAUAUAUGACUCACCAGAUAUUGCAGAUAGACUGCUGAGCCGACUGCUACCAUUUUUGCGCGAGUGCGGUAUCGUGCAGAUUUCCAACCAGCCUCUCGUGACGGGUGCUGGUCCCGCGACUCGGGGUGAGACCUUCAAGCUGACACGGUUGAAUGAGAAACUGCGGUUUUUGAAAUAUACGGGUGGGGAGUAUUUCCGCCCGCAUACGGAUGGGUGUUAUGUUACGCCGGAUGGGCGAGAGAGGUCACUCUUUACAGUGCAUUUGUAUUUAAAUGGUGAGGGAGACCAGGAUAAAGGCGAGCUCCAGAGGGCCAUCACGAAACGGGAACGAAUGGAUGCUCGUGAUGAGGCCAUGGAGUCCGAGGAAGAGGACAGGAACCUGGAGGAUGCAAAAGAGCAAACGCUCCUUGGAGGUGCGACCUCAUUCAGACUUGAGUCUUUCGCUGGGGAGCGAGUGGUGAGAGUGUUUCCGAAGGCAGGCUCAGUGCUGGUCUUUCAACAGAGAGGGCUCUGCCAUGCUGGAGAUGAUGUAUUUCGGGGAGUGAAGUAUACCAUGCGGUCCGAUGUGAUGUAUGAGAAGGUCGAAUGUUGA